AUGGGCUAUGGUGCCUCUCCAGCCGAGAGCUCUGGUUCCCCUGAGCAGAUCCUACUUGGCGGGAGUAGAUGCUGUCGCUCCUUCAGACGCUCCGGGGAAGCCGAGCCCUGCGAGGCCGGGGUCCGGGGCCAGCCCCUCGCUUUGCGGGUGAGGAAGCGCAGCCAAGUUCUGCGAGACGCCCGGGGUUCGCAUUCCAGCCCCUCCCUCAGGAGCACUCAGGAGUGGGGAGGUUACAGGCCUCCCGGGGCACAUCUCUGUUCCCAAACGAGGAUGGCUUUGACACCCCGUCACCUGGCGCCGGGGCAGGGGCAGGCUGGCCCCGGGUCCGAGUGGGCAGCCGGGUCGGGAGCCACUCUGUUCCUUCGGCACCAGGGGCUCAUCCUUCCCCGCGCCCGCUCCGCGCCUCUCGCCAUCACUGUCGCCCAGCCCAACCCCAGCAUCCCCCACAUCCCAGAGAAGCCAGCUCACGUGAUCCCAGAGUCAGAGAACCAAGAGGAAAGGGGCUGUGAGCACCGGGGCCCCCAACCCCCCGGGGGAGUCAGGCUGGAGAGGCCAGAGCUCCAGAUCCUUCCCUGGACGUCUAGCCUGUCCAUCCAGUCCUCACAUCUGCACCGGUGGCCCAGCACAUGGCCUCAGGAAACACCGCGGGGCCGGAGAUUCCCGCAGGCCUACUCUGGGCAAGCUGCAUCCUCAGACCAGCGUACUGACGUCCUCACCCCGCUCCCUAGUAAUGGCCUCAUUCGGAAACUGGACAAGGGGAACUUGGGCCAGCAGGCACAGACACUACAGCCCACGAAGAUAAGGGCAGAGCUGGAGCGGAUGCUUCUGUGCUCGGACCACACCCAGAUUGCCGGCAGCCGCUAG